UCGGGCGAGUGGCGGGAGCUCAGCCUGCGGCCUCCUCCCGCGGGCGGCGCCGGGGGCGGCUCCCAAGCGGCGCGGGCAGCUCCCCGGCCGGCGGCAGGUGCGGCGAGCGCGGAGGCGGAAGACUGGGGUGCAGCUCCCCGGUGAUGCGCAGCGCCCGGGCGUCUCUCGGUUCCUGGAUUGGCAGCUCAUGCCGCGCUCGCCUGCUCGGCUGAGCCAGCGAUCGCCAUGCCAGGGAAAGGGAAAAGAGGGAAAAGCCGACCCAAGCCACGGGGGAAGAAGCAGAAAAAGCCGGAAGUGGACAUCUUCAGCCCAGCGGCGAUGCUGAACCUCUACUACAUCGCCCACAACGUGGCCGACUGCCUGCACCUUCGCGGCUUCCGCUGGCCCGGCGCCUCCAAGGGGAAGAAGGGGAAAACCAAGAUGUAGGUGGUAGCACGCCAGAGCGCCUCUGCUGCAGAGACCAGGACUGGGGGGAGAGAGAUGGGGCGAUGCUCCCAUCGCAGGCAAAAGGAACUUUCCAGAAGGCAGCUUGAGACCUGAGCUUUCGAGAUGUGUGCUUUCCUGUGGCAGCUACUGUUAAGGACAUGCGUUUGGCCUCCUUAGCUAUAUAGAUCUCUAGGUAGGGAGCACCACUGGGGUUUUACACAAGUGAGGGAGGAGAGGGGAGGCCCGAGUUUUACCUGAGUGAUUCUUGCACCAUGUUGUGGACUUGAUAGGAAUUAAACAAUUAUUGCAAAUCUGGAUCCAAAUUAAAAUUUUUUCUUAAAUGGCA